CCUGGACAUGUUCCUUAGGGACCCUCACGUUUUCGUGAGCAAGGAGGGCAAGAAGCAAAAUCUAUCCGAGAUGGACUAUAUAGUCAAGGUCAUCGGCCCUAUACUGGACAUAAUUUUCUCUGAUGUUCAGCAACUACUUCAACUCAAAUGGGGGGAUACGGUUUGCAAGGGAACUCGUCGGAAAAUUGAUCUAAGGAUUAUUUGUCGAGAGAAGGACAUCGAGCUUAGCCAUUCCGAAUGUGCACGAAUGAUCACGCGCAUCAAGAUCACCAAAGACCGUAGCAAAUCUCUGAGGACAAACAAGCAUGUUCUUAACAAAUACCUUAUUAAUAGUCUAUCCGAGGAAGCAGUCGGAGAUUCCGUAGUAAUUGGGCUGCAAUUUGCUGAGCUCUACGGUCAAAUUAUUGGCAUAGAUUUACUCGAUGAAGGACUGUACUUCGGCUUUGAGGGUCCCACGUUUGCAUUUCCGAAUCAACUCUGUAAUUUGUCUUCUCUGCAAGAGACGCUGGAGGCGUUAUAUUUCUUGAAAGUAAUGGAAAAUCUCGAU